AUGCCGUCGUCAGGUAAUGCGCGCGAGAGCCGGUCGUUCCAGUACUUCUACGAGCGGACUGUGCCUUCGUUAGCAGGGUACUGCGGCUCCGAGUUCUGGAAUAGACUGGUGUUGCAGGUCGGCCAGCAUGAAAAGUCGGUAUGGCAUGCGUUGAUUGCGCUGGGUUCGUUGCAUGAGAAUUUCGAGAAUGACCAGCAGAUUCCGGGGCUGCGGUUCUCGCGGAGGGGCCAGGAUAGUUUUGCGGUUCAGGAGUAUAAUUUUGCCAUCAGGGCUCUGCUGGGCAGGUCGAACCCUGCUGGUGUGUUGCCAGCGAAUCUGGCUGUUGAUGUUUGCUUGAUUUCGUGUGUUUUGUUUGCUUGUUUCGAGGUUCUCUCUGGUCAUUAUGAUUCUGCUAUCGGUCAUAUCAGAGGCGGCAUCAAGAUCAUGAACGAGGCGUACUACGACCCCAGAUAUGCGACAUUCUGUCACCCCGUCCUCAAGCCGUCUACUGUCACCAGCCUUGAAAUGGACAAUCUGCGCAAGAUGCUCAUCCGUCUCCAGGAUCAAGCAUUUACCUUGACCCGCGACAGCAUCGACCAGCAAUUAACCAAUUCCACGGCGUAUGGAGACGCCCACCUUGAAAUCCCCGACGUCUUCCGCUCUGUCGCAGAAGCACGCGAUAUAUUUGAAUACUACAGAUACAAAGCCGCCCGCGACGAGACCACCCUCGACGGCACUGAAUCUGACACCAAUGCCCAACUCCUCCGCAUAUACGAACCCAUCCUCACAAAAUUCCUCACCGCGCUCUCAACAUUCGAACAAACCCGCCAAACCCUCCUCACACCACGCGAGCAAAUCGCCCUAAAGAUACUGAAAAUCCACCAAAACAUGCACCUCGCCCGCCUCUCCUACGCCAAACACGGCCUAAACAACCAAGCGUCCUGGGAUAGAUACAACCCCAUCUUCUCCGAAAUCGUCGACCUCGCCGCCUCCGUCAUCGACACCACACACGGAAUCGACUGCCUCUCGCUAUCCCCAGCCCAGCUCGAGAAUCUGUCGAACCAGGGCCUCCUCAAACCCUCGUUCACGCUGGACAUGGGCAUCAUCGGCCCAGUCUUCAACGCCACAACGCUCUGCCGAGACCCGCUUAUCCGACGCAGGGCCGUGCAGGUCCUGCGCUCUGCGUCCAGACAGGAGGGGUGCUUCAAUAGCCAUGUCUGUGCUGUUGUUGCUGAGCACGCGAUUGCGAUUGAAGAGGCUGCGGCGGCGGGAGCUGUAUCUGGGUCUGGGUCUGGGUCUGGGUCUGGAUCUUUGCUUAGGAUACUUCCUGAGCUGGAGAAGUAUAAAUUUGCGUCGGUAACGGCGUGCUCGGAGGUUCCUGAUGCGGCAAGGCUUUCGUAUGUGUAUCCGCGGGUUGAUGCGGUGCGGAAGAGGGUUUAUAUGAGGCUUGGGCUGAGGGGGGUGGAUGUUGAUGUUCCGCUGAUGAAGAUGACACUUAUGAUGGAUAUGGCUGCUUGA